AUGAGUUACGCAAAGAAGGACGAGGACGCCGAGCCGUCCGGCUUCAAAUUAGACCGGACGAUUGUCUUUCAGGAUGCAAGAAUAUUCAACUCUUCACCUAUAUCGCCUCGAAGAUGUCGAGCCCAACUCACCAAGAUCGCAAUGCUCAUCUUCAAUGGCGAGAAGUUUCCUACCAACGAAGCCACCACACUGUUCUUUGGCAUUUCCAAACUAUUUCAAAACAAGGAUCCUUCACUGCGCCAGAUGAUGUAUCUGAUCCUAAAAGAACUUUCCAGCUCAGCAGAGGACAUUAUAAUGUCGACCAGUAUCAUUAUGAAAGACAUGACAGUGGGCAGCGAGGUUGUCUACAAGGCUAACUCAGUAAGAGCAUUGGUCAGGAUAAUAGAUGCUACAACCGUCCAGAGUAUUGAAAGAAUGAUCAAGACUGCCAUAGUCGACAAAUCACCUUCUGUAUCCUCUGCAGCUCUGGUCUCCUCUUAUCACCUCCUCCCUAUCGCUCGAGACGUUGUACGCAGAUGGCAGAGCGAAACACAGGAGGCUGCGGCCUCAUCCAAAUCAGGUGGCUUCUUGGGCUUUUCUACAACCUCUUCUCAUUCCUUAGCUGCGAGCACAAAUUACAUGAACCAGUAUCAUGCUAUUGGCUUACUCUACCAGAUGCGCUCGCAUGACCGUAUGGCGCUUGUCAAGAUGGUGCAGCAGUAUGGAGCUGCAGGUGCUGUUAAGAGUCCCGCUGGUGUCAUGAUGCUGGUAAGGCUGGCAGCCAGACUAGCAGAAGAGGAUCCGAGUCUACGAAAACUUAUGAUGCAAAUGCUUGAUAGCUGGUUGAGGCACAAGAGUGAGAUGGUCAACUUCGAGGCUGCCAAAGCUAUUAUUGACAUGCGCGACGUGACUGAUGCCGAAGCUGCCCAGGUCGUGCAUAUCUUGCAACUCUUCCUCACCUCUCCUAGAGCAGUCACGAAAUUUGCUGCUAUUCGAUUAUUACACCAGCUUGCUUCUUUCAAGCCAAAUGCCGUAAAUCCUGCAAAUCAGGAUAUCGAGGCUCUCAUCUCCAAUGCCAAUCGAUCAGUCGCAACCUUUGCUAUCACUACACUACUCAAGACAGGUAACGAGGCGAGCGUGGAUAGAUUAAUGAAGCAGAUAUCGAGCUUCAUGUCUGAGAUCACGGACGAGUUCAAAAUCACAAUUGUAGAAGCAAUUCGAACGUUAUGCUUGAAAUUUCCCAGCAAACAAGCUGGUAUGCUUACCUUCUUGAGUGGCAUUCUACGUGAUGAAGGUGGCUACGAGUUCAAGCGAGCCGUUGUGGAGAGCAUGUUCGAUCUCAUCAAAUUCGUGCCAGGAAGCAAGGAAGAGACGUUAUCACAUCUUUGUGAGUUUAUUGAGGAUUGCGAGUUUACGAAAUUGGCCGUCAGAAUAUUGCAUUUGAUUGGUGUAGAAGGCCCGAAGACGCCGAACCCUACAAAGUACAUCCGAUAUAUCUACAACCGAGUUGUUCUAGAGAACGCGCUGGUUCGAGCUGCAGCAGUUACAGCACUUGCUAAGUUUGGUGUCGGUCAGAAAGAUCCGGAAGUUAAGAAGAGUGUGACAGUGCUACUGACUAGAUGCUUGGACGAUACGGACGACGAGGUCAGAGACCGUGCUGCUCUUAACUUGAGAUUGAUGAAGGAGGAAGAUGACGUCGCUGAAAGGUUCAUCAAGAACGAUUCCAUGUUCUCCUUGUCGACGUUUGAGCACAAGCUCGUCAUGUAUGUCACAUCCGACGACAAAUCAGUCUUCAGCAAGGCCUUCGACAUCUCAUCCGUACCAGUCGUCUCACACGAACAAGCUCUGGCAGAAGAGCGCACUAAGAAGCUCACAACAGCUACACCUACACUCAAGGCACCCACUACUGGACCAGAAAAGCCAAAGAUGAACGGUGCUUCCGAAGCAGUCUCGAAUGCCACAAACGCUGCUCAGAAGUAUACCGAGAUAUUUUCGAACAUUCCCGAACUAAAAGCUUAUGGUCCUGUACUCAAAUCCAGUGCUCCGGUCGAGCUUACCGAGAGUGAAACAGAGUAUGUGGUAUCCGCUGUCAAACACGUUUUCAAGGACAAUAUCGUUUUGCAAUACGACAUCAAGAACACUCUGGAAGCGACGGUGCUAGAAAACGUGGUAGUAUCGGCCGCGCCACAAGAUGAAGAAGCGGAAUUGGAAGACGAUUUCGUCAUUCCCGCGCCUGUCUUGAAGACCAAUGAGCCAGGCGUUGUAUACGUGGCUUUCAAAAAGGCAGGUGGUGAAGAAAGCUUCCCAGUCACCAGCUUCACCAAUGCAUUGAAGUUUACAAGCAAGGAAAUCGAUCCAACUACUGGCGAAGCAGAAGACAGCGGAUACGACGAUGAAUACGAGAUUGAGGGCGUCGAGCUGACCGGCGCCGACUACAUUGUGCCUGCCUUUGCUGGCAAUUUCGACCAUAUUUGGGAAGGCACAGGUGCUAACGGAGAGGAAGCCAGCGAGACUCUGGCACUAUCGAACAUUAAGAGCCUAACAGACGCGACAGAACAGUUAGCCUCGACUCUAUCGAUGCAGCCCCUGGAAGGAACCGACGUCGUGCUCUCGAAUGCCACGCAUACACUGAAGCUUUAUGGCAAGUCUAUUAAAGGAGGUAGAGUAGCCGGACUGGUGAAGAUGGCAUUUGCCAAGAGUGGAUUGACGGUGAAAAUCUCAGUACGAGCUGAGGAGGCUGGUUUGGCUCAAGCGAUUAUAUCUAGUGUAGCGUGA